CUAAUUGAUUCUUUUUAUAAACAGCAUUAAAUUUUAAUAUAAAUUCAAAUAAGUAUCAAUAAAUAACAAACUACUAAAAAAUAUUAAUUUAGGUUAUCAAAAAUCAAAAUGAGCUAAAGCUCUCGAGGAAAAUCUUCUGAAAGGGUUGCAAAUACUUCAUAUCAUAGCUCAUAGGGUGUUACUAAUAUCAUUGCCAAUAACGCUCUUAUCAAUUAUGGAAAUGGCAACAGUAGUAGCAAUACCUUAAAGGAUGCUCGAGAAAGCCAAUAAAAGGAUUUGAUUACAGAAAUGAAGAGGCUUAAAAAGAAUUUUUAAGAACUUAAAAGCCCUACAAUUUAAAAGAAAUACUUUGGUGUUACUGGAGGUGUAGGAUAAUAAUAGUAGCAUUAUCAGUAGCAGUCUUCGUAAGUUUGUAUUAUAAAUGAGAAUAUUGAAUAGGGUAAUAAUAAUAACUAAUAGAAUAACAACAGUUUUAUCUAAUAAGACUAAUAUAAUUCUGACCAUUUAAAAGUAUUCUCUACUUAAAAAGGAUAUUUUAAUGAACCUUAAAGAUAAAUUUCUUAAACUCGAGUAAAAGCGAAUUAAUAUUAAAGCAUAAAUCAGUAAAAUUCAAGCUUGAUUCAACAUUCAAAAGGUUAAUUAAGUGAUUCAAAUAGAAAUCAUUAUAUCUCACAGGAAGUGGUGGACAUUUCAGGUGAUUAGGAUAACAAUUAGAAUUAUUUAAACUAGUUUGAUAAAAGCAUUAACUAAUCAUUCAAUCACAAUACAUCUCUUUAUACUAAAACUAUAAUUAAUUAGUAGUAGUAAGGGAGCGAAUCGAAUAGAUCAUAUAAUGGAAUUGGAAGCCUGAAUAAUAGCAGCUUGAAUUAGCACGGAUACAAUGUUUAAUAAUAAUAAAAUAUACCUAGAGGUUCUCAGAAAGAUUAUGCAAAUUCUCUUUAUCAACAACAAUAAUAGCUAUAGUCAAGAUAAAAUAAUUCCCUGAAGCGCAUAUCAGAUAAAAUUAACAAUAUCAAGGAUAGGGCAGAAAAGAUAGAAUAAAUUAAACAUUUUGAAAAGAAAAAUUUACUUUAAAAUUAGCAACAGAAUGGAGCAUUAGUCAACAGCACUUAUACAUAAGAGUAAAGAGAUUCUAAAGAAAUUUAAACAGAAGAUAUCUCAAACAUAUUUAUAGAGAAAAGCAUAAAUGAUGAAAAUAUUAAGGAAAUAGAAAGACUUAGAGGAUUGCUUAAAAUUUUGGAGCAAGAGCUAGACUCUAAGGAAAAAUGCUUUAGAGAAUAAGAAAAAUAGCUACAAUCUUAAAUAGAUGAGAAACAAAGCAAAAUAUAGGAUUAAAGUGAUCAGAUUGAAAAGGUGCUUGAUGAUUUGAAUCGCUUAUAGAAGGAAAAUAUUAAAGUAAAUAAUGCAUUAAAGUAAGCUUAAGAGAAUUUAGCGUUAAAUGGUAAGAAUCAAAAUAACACCUCUUCACAACACUUACUUCCUUCUGAAUUCAAAACUAAAUGGGAAAGUUUGGUAACUGAUGGAGUGGCAAAUACAUUUAUUAAUUUUUUUGAAAACCCUCUAAUCCUCACCAACUUGCUUUAAGAUUUAUUCAUAAUUAUACACGAAAUUUCUAAAAAUCACAUCAAAGAAACAAACUCAAAAGUGAUGGAUUUGCUUUAACUUGAUAAAAAGCAUGCAAAAGCAUAUGAACAAAAUCUUUCUAAACUCUAUUAAGAUUAUAAUAAUGAUAUUUUUAAAGUAGUUGCUGAUAUUGAGCAUCCAAAAGUUGCUGCUAUUGUCUAAAAAUUUAAGCAACAAGCUGAUAAAAUUGUUACUCAUUAGUACUUUUCAGAGUUUCAGAAUAUGAAAUCUGAUUAUAUUGAUGAGGAAGAGGAAGAGUUAGACCAGGAUAAAUCCUCUGGUUCAGCUAAGAAAACUUAUAAAAAAAUAAGUAUUUUUAGAGAUACCAUAUUUUUUGAAUAAAACUAAGAAGAUUUCAAGCAAUAUUUAUAAGAACUUUAUGAGUCUAACGAGUUGUUAGAAUUCAUAGAAUAAUUUUAUCGUUUGUCUAUACACAUGCAUUUGCAUGAUCCUCCACUUAAUUUGCCAAUUCAAAACUUUAAAAACAGAGUUUUCGAAUACAUUCCAUAUAAAAAAAAUAAUUAUUAUUUAAUAGACGGCUUUGUAUAGCAAAAUGCUCCAGCUUUAACAGUCAUACCUUCAGUAUUAAGGAAUAAUCAAAUAUACACGGGAAUAAAACCAUCUGUUAUUUUGCUUACUGAAGAUUUUAUGAAUGAAAGAAUUCAAUAAAAGAUUGAUAUAAUUAUACAAAAUGAAUAAAAUUAAUAUAACAGCAAUAAUGCUUGCACUUCAAAAUCUAAUUAAUCUGGAGAUAAAACUGAAAAUUCUAAAACAGAUUCGUAAACGAAAAGUAAAGAUGAUAAUCUUGCUUUAAAGUAAGAGAGCCCAAAGUAAAUAUUAGCUAUUGUUAAAGAUGACAAAGAUAUUUAAAACAAAAAUGUUGAAAUGAUUGAAAAUAAGAAUAAAGAAAUUAAUAAUUCAACAGACAAUAGCAAGAAUAAUUCUGAAUUAAUUUAAGAAAAAUAGUAGCUUCAGAAUUAUUAAAGAAAAGAAAACUUUAACUCAUCAAAAUAAAACGAAGAAGAAAGUAGCACAGAUAAUUACUUAAAAGCUUCAUUUGAGAAAAAGAAAACUGAUCAACUUGUCAACAGCUACAGCUCUUCAUCUAAAGAUAAUAAAGAAAACUAAGAAUAAUAUAUAAACUAGGCUUAAAUAAAGAUAAAAUCUCCUAGUACAUAAUGUAUGAACAAUCUAAAAAAUAUUUCUCAAGUUUCAUAAAAAUUUGAUUCAAGCUCAAAAAAAUCUGGAUAUCUAAAUUUCGGCUACAUUUCAACAUCUCCAAAAUAAGACCUCCUAAACUUAAUCAGUCCAAAAGGUUCUUCUUCCAAAAAAAUAAAGAUUGAAAACUUAGAUUCAAUUUAAAAUAUCCAUAAGAAUAGCUCAAAACUGCAAGAGGCUUUAUCAAAUUCUUCUAAAAAAAAAUUAAAUUUCGACUCUUUCCAUUCUGAUAAGAAAUUGGGGUUAAAUUCAAAUAAAUCUGGAAUCGGCAGUCCUAUCAUAGAAAAUUGCAAAGAUGAAAUUGUCAAAAACCUAUUUUUGACUUCUCGUCACCACUAUUCUAGCAACACAAAAUAAAGAGAUGACUCUUAAAAUUCCAAUAUAAAUUUUUCUAUCAAAAGUGGAUGGUAAAUGCUUCAGCAAAGCCAAAAUUAAUAAGAUACAGAGAAAAGAUCUAUUUUUGAUGACCUAACUAAUUAGACGAUAUUCUAAAACAACAUAUCAGGAUAAAUAUCAAAGCAACAGCCUUAGAAAUUUAUAAAUAGACUUGAUAAUAGUAACUUUUUGAAGAAAGGUUCUUUUACUAGUAAAAAUAAAAGUUCUAUAAGUUCUCAUAUGAAUAAUACCUAUUUAAAUAGUAUGAUUCAUAAAUAAACUUAAGAUUCUGUAUAAUUGCUCCGUACGUUAUAAGCUGAUUGCAAAAAGAAUCAUAUUGUAAGUAAGGAAGAUUAGUAAGACAGUGAAGAAGUUGAAAAUUAGUGUUAAUAAAAUGAUGAAAAAAAUACAUAUAAUUCUAAGUCUAAAAACCUUUCGAUUAUCAAGAAAUCGCACAGAGAAUCGAAUUCCCCAAUUUCCAAUAAAAAUAAUAAGAACUCAAAUGAUUCUAAGCUAAAUUUCAGCAAUGCAGCUAUUAAUAAUGAUUAGGAAAGAAGUAGAAUACAUUCAAAUAAUCAAUCUUCUUAAAAAAUACGUAAACACAAUAAGUCAGAAGAGGAAAAUAGAAUUAUUAACUAAAACACUAUUUUCAACAAGCAUUUCAAAAAAAAUUCUGUUUAAAAUGAACCUUCAAAGAAUUAAAAUUUAUAAUAAUAACCAUAAUAAGCAUCUUCUAUGAGUUCCAAACCCUACACAUUCAAUACAUUCCUUGAAAACCAUAGAAAAAAUUUGCAAAAGAAUGAAAAAGAAUAAUCUGUAAAUUAUCAAUAGGACAGCAGUCCAAGGGAGAGGAUACAAAGUAAAGGAUUAAAUAUUUCAUUUAAAGAGUAGUAAAAUAAAUAAAUGGUUAAUUCAUCAAGAUUAUACAAAAAAGAUAGCUUUGAAUUUAAAUCUAACAACAGCAAUUAACAUUCAUUCUCAAGAUAAAAUCAAGAGCCAAAGUAGAGCGAGAAAAAUAAAUUUAGUGGUAAUGAUUUUUAUUCUAACUUAAGAAAGUAAAUUAAUAAUCAACAACAUUUAGGAGGUAUAUAAAAUGAAAGCUACGAAUAAUAAUCAAAAGAAAAUAGCAAAAUACCAUUAAAGAGUUCAAGGGACAUUUCUCCUUCUUAAAUUUAAUUAAAUUGUAGUAAAACUGAUAGAUUACUAAAGUACUCAGAUCAAAAUUAAAUACCUUAUGAUACUUCUUCCCACUAACAAUUACAAAAGUCAUCAAAUAGCAGGACAGUAACUAUGAAAAGAGCUCUAUAAAAUAUUAUCAAUAGUUUCUCUAGUGAUGAUAACGAAGACUAAAAUAUAUAAAUGCAAGCCUAAAAGAAACUAAGAGAUAGUGAUGACACAUAAGACGAUUCUUUGAUCGAAGAGCUUAACUUGUAAAAAAGUGAUAAUAAUUUAAAUAGAUAAAUAAGUGGCUUAAAUAAAAACACUAUAAAAGGAGAGAGUAAUGAGAAUAGACCUUUUUCUCAUUAAUCAGGUUUACAUAUUUAACCACAGCAUAAAAAGAAUAAGACAUUUGAAAAAUUAUACAAUGAUUUAAAAUAAAAAAAGCCUUUCUUGCAAAAUGCUGUUAAGCCAAGCAAGGAAUUAUUAUAUAAAAUAUGA